AUGACCGUCGAUCGUGUAGCUCAGGGGUACGGGUAUGAAGUCCCGAUCCGAAUGUUCGCGGUUCGAGUCCUGACAGUCCUGACAGUUAAUCGAAUCAUACGCCCCUUGGAUUGGGUCGAAUGUCCCGGGUGCCCACGUUACCCAAUCGACCCGGUGACCAGUGCCACAACCAGGACAGUGUGGGUACGUGGUCCAUAUCCUACUUCUUGUCUGGAAAAUUGUAUCAAAAAGACCAUGCAUCAAGCAUUCUGGGACAUUCUGCGUUCCAGUUUAGAAUCAGACCCACCAGAUUUCGCUCCAGCACUACGUCUGUUGGCAGAAGUCAAGCAGUCAUUGAACGGUCUGGUUCUGCCGAAUCAGAAGACCCUUCAAAAGUUAAUUGACAAUUCUUUGGAUUUGGACGUUGCCCGUGUACAGCUGGAAGAAACAGGUCAGGUCUGUUUAGAAGCAUAUGCGGAACAGGCAUUUGCUCUGCUGGAAAAAAUGCACAUGGAUUUGGCCAAUUUUACCAUUGCUCAAAUGCGGCCGUAUAUUCGACAACAAGCGGCCACAUACGAGCGGACCAAGUUCACCGCAUUUCUCGAGGCUCAGCAAGCGGUCGGUGUUGACGGGCUGGUUCACACGCGUAACUGGAUUCGCGAGGCUUACGAACAACUGGCUCCGUCAUCAGACGAGCACAGCACCGAAUUCACAACAGGUACCAUCGCAUCGGCGCCCAGUGCACCUCUCUCCUCCACUUUGCCUCAAUCAGCCUCAUGCGGUGCGGAUGAUUUGAUUGGAGCUUCCGAUCCGUCCCUAAUCCCUCCCACACCGAACAAUAUACUGCGCGAGGCCUAUUUGCUGUUGCUAACACGUACGACUGCGAACAACUGGCCCGAGACAGUGAUCAUGGAUCAACAACGUAUUACAGAUAUUGGUGCACACCUUUCCCUUAUUGUCAAACUGUCCUCGUUGGUUCUAGUGGUGUGCAACUAUGUGGCCUUUAAUGCCACUCGCAUUUUCCCCAGCACCUCAUCCGUUCGACUGGACUCCACCAUCAUGCCCGAGCUGAAACAGUCGCUCUGUCGUUCAGGUUUACUUGCCCUGACUACCGACCAGAAAGAGGUACCCGACAGCGAAACAGACACAGCAGACCAAAUUGUUCUUACCGUGGAGCACUGGUGCAAUCGAGUUCUCAACAACAGAUCCACUACUCAGUUUACCGCGUCCAGUCCAACGGAUCCACACGUCGCACCGUUCCUUUUACCGACUGCGGUUGUCGAGCCGCUGAAAAAACAAAUUGGCGAUGUGCUGAAUGCCAUUCAUCCAAUCUACGCGCUCAUGUGUGAGUUUAAAUUUGUCGAUCUGGAUAGCAAUUCUAUUGACUCUGCUCCGUUGUUCCUUUUUAACACAAAGCAAUAG